AUCCCCAUCACAGCGGCCCCCAAUGAUCCGCUGCAUCAUUCAGCGUUCUACCAGGUCCCCAGCAACUCGACUCUAAUGCUGCGUCUCCCCGGUCUCUUGACGCGUCGCUGCGUUGCCUCAGACAAUGUACCCAAAGCUCUGUUCUCCUCGGCUGCGUCGCUCGAAGCGUUGGCAGCGCAGUCCAUGGCCACAGCUUUUCGCCAAUCCGGUCACUUGCAAGCCGAUCUGGAUCCACUCAAACUCCAGCCACGGACGGCAGUCCCCAGUCUCGCCGCUGACAACUUCAAGCCACUAUUGACUCGGCCUUUAUCAGCCACCGACCUGACCGGUGUCGUGUCCGUCCCUGCAGUAAACGGGCAACAGCUCUACGACGAACUGCACCGCAUCUACUGUGGUAAAACCGGUUUUGAAUUCGAGCACCUCAACUCGAUCGAGGAGAAAACGUGGCUGGCCAAUGCUGCCGAGACGUUGGCAGCUAAAGAGAUCUCUCCCUCUGACUUGCGCAAUGCAUACUCGAGUAUGUUACGCGCUGAUGUCUUCGAGAGCUUUAUGGCCAAAAAGUUCGCGUCUUUCAAGCGAUAUUCGGGCGAAGGAGCGGAAUCCAUGCUGCCAGCAGUGGAGACUGUAUUGCAAGCGUGUACAACGUCGGGUGUGACCGACGUAGUGAUUGGUAUGCCGCACCGUGGACGACUAGCACUUCUGGUUGGGUCCCUCGAAUACCCUGCACACAAAAUCUUCCACAAAGUGCGCGGAUACUCGGAGUUCCCCGACAAUUUCCGUGGCAUUGAUGACGUAUCGUCACAUAUUGCCACAACAGUGGACAAGAAAUACGCAGACAAAAAGGUGCAUGUGUCACUAGUGCACAAUCCGUCGCAUCUGGAGAUCAUCAAUGCUGUUGCAGCCGGUAAAGUUCGUGCCAAGAAUGAUGGUGACUCCAAUACCAACGCUAUGGCGUUGCUGCUUCACGGUGACGCAGCAUUCGCUGGACAGGGCUGUGUUCCUGAGGCACUAGCGCUUUCUCAACUUCCAGACUUUGAGACGGGAGGAUCGGUACACAUUGUGGUGAAUAACCAGGUGGGUUACACAACGACAUACCCCGAUGGUCGUGCAACGCGUUAUGCUUCAGAUAUCGCUAAGAGUAUCGAAGCACCGAUCCUGCACGUUAACGGUGAGAGCAUAACCGACGUGAUCCGUGCGUGUCGUCUUGCUGUGGCCUACCGUAACCGGUUCCACAAGGAUAUUGUCAUUGAUUUGAUCACCUUCCGUCGUCAUGGACACAAUGAAGUGGACGAACCACGCUUCACACAACCCAAAAUGUACGAGCGUGUUGACCAAGCCGAUCGAUUCCCGAUCAAAUUCGCUCACGAACUGGAGAGUGUUGGUCUUGUAUCACGUACGAGUUUCGAGAAGACUGUGGAGCGUCUGAACGAUCAUCUUGAGAGUGAACUCAAGACGGUCACGGGUGAACCAGCAUAUAAACCUACCGAGAUCGAUGCGUUUAAGGGCAAGUGGGCGACGAUGAACCAGCCAGAACCUGAAGAUCUGUAUGUGAACGUCGACACUGGUGUUGGCAUCGACAACCUGAUCCAAGUCGGACUGGCUUCUGUUGAGCUGCCUGAGCGAAUCCAACCGCAUGGUCGUCUGCAGCGUACGCACAUCAAGGCACGACAGAAAAUGCUGCAGGUUAAGGACGGAGAAAAACCUGAAGACGUUCGUGUGGACUGGGCUACAGCUGAAGCCAUGGCGUUCGGCACGUUGAUGCAAGACGGUCACUCGGUGCGUCUCGCUGGACAAGACUGUCGACGUGGCACUUUUAGUCAAAGACACGCCUCGUUCACGGACCAGAAGACAGAGGAGAGAUACUUCCCGUUGCAGCACCACUUGCCAAAGACGUCGGAUACUGUUGGUAAGCUCAGUGUGAUCAACAGUAACCUGUCGGAGCUGGCAGUCAUGGGCUACGAAUACGGCUACAGUGUGGAGAGUCCAGAGAAUUUAGUGAUCUGGGAGGCGCAGUUCGGUGACUUUUUCAACGGUGCUCAGAUCGUCAUCGACCAGUUCUUGUCAAGUGCAGAGUCCAAGUGGAUGCGUCAGUCCGGUCUCAUGUUGUUGCUGCCUCACGGCAACGACGGAGCUGGUCCUGACCACUCCAGUGGCCGUGUGGAGCGCUUCUUGCAGCUUGUGGACACUCCUGCAUUGACUCCACGUUCAUCCGUCAAGGAAUCCGAGACAGAACCGGUGUGGAAGCAGUACCAACACGACACCAACAUGAUCGUGGUGAAUGUGACUACACCGGCCAACUUCUUCCACCUGCUUCGUCGUCAACAGCACCGCUCGUUCCGUAAACCUGUGGUCAUUAUGGGACCCAAGAUGCUGCUGCGUCUUGCUGAUGCGACCUCGCCGUUGUCUGAAAUGGGCCCUGGUACAGCUUUCCAGCCGGUUAUCUCGGAUUCAACGAUCUCUGAUGCGUCACAGGUCAAGAAGGUCUACUUCUGUUCGGGUAAAUUCUACUACGAACUGGCCAAGGAGCGACUUGCACGUUGCAAGAAUCCUGAGAGCAUUGCACUGAUUCGUCUGGAAGAAUUGGCGCCGUUCCCGUUCGAGCAGGUCGCUGAUGAACUUGCCAAGUUCGACAAUGCCAAGAAGUUCGUCUGGGUGCAAGAAGAACCGCUGAAUCAGGGAGCAUGGAUGCACGCUCAAGCGCACAUUGAAAAACUGCUGGGCAAGAAGCAGCACCUCGAGUAUAUCGGUCGUGAAAGUCUCGCUGCUCCUGCUGUCGGCUUGUCCAAGCGCUCACAGGAGCAAUUGCAGGUGGUAUUGACGGAAGCGUUCGGGCCGCAAAAGUAGACGACAGUAGCGCUAGGACUAUAAGCCGCUAAUAGACGUUCAAGUUGUCGAUCGAUACUGCCAAGGGCAAUAGGUUACAGCAAGCCCAGUUGAGCUAGCGAUGCCAUAAAACAUGAAUGUUUGCUUGUAUG